CGGAAGCUCCCUUUUUUUGGAGACGACAGAGGAUCCUGCCUUGAAGUAGCAGCCAUUUAACAAACAACUCACAGUUAUUAUUUCUCACCUCUUAUUGGUUUCUAUUUAGUACCACAUCGAUCUGCGAGGGUAACAUUUAAUAUAUUGAGAAAAUGGGCAGGAGCAGGAGUCGAUCUCCUCCCAGACGAGAGAGAAGACGUUCACGCUCAGCUUCACGGGAUCGCGAGCGAAGGCGGAGGGAAAGGGAACGCUCUCGUUCUCGAGAUCGGGACAGAGAGAGGCGCAGAAGUCGCUCACGAUCCCCUCAUAGGAGACGCUCAAGGUCUCCCCCCAGACGUCACCGCUCCUCCUCUCCCUCUGACCGGGAUAAAGACUCGAAGGACAAGUCAGCAAAGCCAAUUCAGAUCUCAGCGGAAGACAUGCAGGGCAAAACCGAAGAGGAAAUUGAGAUGAUGAAGCUGAUGGGAUUUAGUAACUUUGACACCAGCAAGGGGAGGAAAACUGACGGAUCAGUCAAUGCAUUUGCUGUCAAUGUCACCAUGAAGAGAAAAUACAGGCAGUACAUGAACAGAAAAGGUGGAUUCAACAGGCCGCUAGACUUCAUCGCUUGAAAGUAUCAACAACUCACUGUGAUACCCGAGAAGCCAACCUCCCUUCUCCCCACGUAGUAGUGAAUGAGUGCUUUUUCUUGUUAUUACAAACCUGUUUUAUGUUACUCAACAAUUCUGUAUAUAGUUUUUUUUUCCUUGAGAAGUUGGUCUCCUAGCAAUACUCAACUGUGGCUGGAUAUUAAUUGGAGAUGCAAUGCAUAGAGCUUUGUGUUGUUGAGGUGUGUGGGGAUUUCAUUUUAAAUAAAAGCAUUUUAAAAAUAUGGAUGUAGUCUUGACUAUGACAAAGGUUAUAAUAAAUAAAGCCAAUCUUUCCUCUUGU